AUGGCCGCCAUCAUCUUCCCUCCACCACCAGCAAUCCUUUCAUUCACAGAGAUGGCUACCUCCAUCUCCGAGCUCCGCCAAUCCCAUGCUCAUAUGCUCAAAACUGGUCUUAUUCACGACCCCUAUUCCGCCGCUCGCCUCAUUUCCUCUGCCGCUUCCAUGUCACCAACCUCUUCCCACAGCCUCUUAUACCCUCACUCCAUUUUCACCUACAUUCAGAACCCAAAUUCUUAUUCUUAUAAUACAUUAAUACGGGCCUACGCAAAUAGCUCCACCCCGGAGAGCUCAUUCACUCUCUUCAGGAACAUGUUGUUUGAUGAUGGUGUUUUACCUGAUAAGUACACUUUUACGUUUGUGUUGAAAGCUUGCUCGGUUCUUAAUAGUGUCAGUGUUGGAAAACAGGUUCAUGGACAUGCAAUCAAGUUUGGUAUUGAGCGUGAUGUGUAUAUUUGUAAUACUUUGAUUCAUAUGUAUGCAAAAGGAGGAUUUUUUGAGAUUGCCCGUAACCUGCUUGAUAGAAUGUCUGAAAGAGAUGUUAUAUCAUGGAAUGCGAUUUUGAGUGCUUAUGUGGAUAUGGGUAUGAUGGGGUUAGCUCAAGGGUUGUUUGAUGAAAUGCCUGAGAGAAAUGCAGAGUCUUGGAAUUUUAUGAUUUCAGGAUUCGUUAAGGAUGGGUUGAUUAUAGAAGCAAGACGUAUUUUUGAUGACAUGCCGGUGAAAGAUGUUGUUUCUUGGAACGUGAUCAUCACAGGAUAUGCUCAUGAGGGGAGGUUUGAAGAAGUGUUUAUGCUUUUUGAAGAAAUGCAGAAUGCAGGGAUGAUGCCUGAUGAUUACACACUCGUGAAUGUGUUGUCUUCUUGUGCCCGUGUGAGUGCUUUGAGCCAAGGUGAGUGGAUUCAUGCUUACAUUGAUAAGAACAGAAUUGAAGUCUGUGGGUUUUUAGCCACUGCUCUUGUGGAUAUGUACGCAAAAUGUGGAUGUCUUGAGAAGGCAUUGGAAGUGUUUCUUAAAACUUCAAAGAAGGAUAUUAGUACAUGGAAUUCAAUGAUUUCUGGAUUAAGCCUCCAUGGCUCUGGUGAAAGUGCCAUAAAAUUAUUCUAUGAAUUGCUAGCAGAGGGUUUCAAGCCCAAUGAGGUCACGUUUGUAAGCGUUUUAUCAGCUUGCAGCCGUUCUGGUUUACUGGAUGAAGGUCACAAAAUGUUUGAACUUAUGGUACAUGGUCAUGGAAUCAAGCCCAAAAUAGAGCAUUAUGGAUGUAUGGUAGACUUGCUUGGUCGAUUUGGACUGUUAGAUGAGGCUGAAAAACUUGCUACAAAAGUUCCAUUUAAAGAAUCUCAGGUGCUUUGGGAGUCACUUUUGAGUGCUUGCAGAAAUCAUAAUGAUAUUGAAAUGGCAGAGCAUGUUACCAAGAAACUUCUUGAAUUGGAUCCGCAGGACAGUGCUGGUUAUGUUCAGUUGUCAAAUGUUCAUGCUUCUAAAGGUAGAUUUAUCGAUGCCACAGAGUUGAGGAGGAAGAUGAAGGCACAAGGUGUAUCUAAAGAUCCUGGUUGUAGCAUUAUUGAAGUCGAUGGUAUUGUUCAUGAGUUCUUAGCUGGUGAAGGAUUGGUCUUGUAGCCAGAAACUCUUUCUUCUAGCAGAUGUUCUUGGCUUCUUGCAGACAAGAUUUCUGUCUAUUUCUGGAUGGAAAGAGGAUUGCAAGGUCGCUGAUGAAUCUGCAAUAAAGAUUCCAGUAUCAAAUGAUGAAGUCAGGUAAAUGGUGUAUCUCCGAUUUAUCGUUUCUUAUAGUCGUCAUUGUAUAUUUAAUUGAAGUUGAUGAA